AUGAAGGAUUGUUCACCAAGUGUAGCUCCCAUUGUGAAGGGUGAUUGGUUCAAUCUAAACCAGUGCCCAAGGAACGACCUUGAGAGGGAACAAAUGAAGAACAUUCCAUAUGCAUCUGCUGUCGGAAGCCUAAUGUAUGCUCAGGUCUGUACAAGACCUGAUAUUGCAUUUGCUAUAGGAAUGUUGGGACGAUAUCAGAGUGAUCCAGGUUUAGACCACUGGAGAGCUGCAAAGAAAGUAAUGAGGUACCUUCAAGGAACCAAAGAAUACAUGCUUAUGUAUAGACGAACGGAUAAUCUGGAAGUAAUUGGCUGCUCAUAUUCUGACUUUGCUGGCUGUAUUGAUUCACGCAAAUCAACAUCCGGAUACAUAUUUUUGAUGGCCGGUGGAGCUAUAUCAUGGAGGAGUGUCAAACAGACUUUGACUACCACUUCCACUAUAGAAGUCGAGUUCGUCUCUUGUUUUGAGGCUACUUCACAUGGUGAGUGUGGACCAAGUGGGAGAAUGUUGACCGUUUCUCACGGAGACGUAUGUGAGAACGAGUCUAUCACUUAA